AUGGGUGGUGGAGCAGGUGGUACUGCUAUGGCACUAUUGGUCUUCGCACUACUAACCCCUUAUUGGUACAACCUGGAAGGUGUGAAUGUCUCAAUUCGAAAGGGGUUCGUUUGUUUGGAGGAAGAUAGUGUAAUUUGCAAAACGGCGCAAAAACGACUGGUAUGUUCGAAAUUUUUCGUUAUAUUUUUGGUUUGUAAAAAAAAUUUUUGCCAUUUUUUUGAGUUGUAAAGAAAGUUCUUUACAUUUUCUCUCACAAAACUAAAUUUUGUGUUAUUAUUACUUCUGAAAGCCACGAUAUGACUUUUUAAAAAAAUAGAAGUUGAGUGGAAGAUUUUCAGUGCAAAAUACACUAAAAAUCUUCCACCAUACUUCCAUUUUGAAAAAGUCUUAAAAUGACAUAAAUACAUCAUUUUUGACGUUUUGACAAGUGAAGUGAAGGUUGGGUGGAAGAUUUGUAAUGUGUUUUGCACUGAAAAUCUUCCACCAAACUUCCACUUUUAAAAAAUGUUAAAAACGUGUUUUUAGACCAUUUUAAGACAUUUUGAAAGUGGAAGUUGAGUGGAAAAUUUUCAGUGCAAAUUACAUUACAAAUCUUCCAUUCAAUUUCCACUUUAUAGAAAGUGUAGUAUUGUCUUUUGCAAAUGGUUUUUUUUGACAUUUUUUGGUUUGUAAAGAAAUUUUUUUCUAUUUUUUGUUUUGUAUAGAAAAUUUUUUUUAUUUUAAGUCAUAUUUCGAUGUGUUACACAUGAAAAUGUCAUCAAAUGUCAUCAUUUUCAGGCCAAGAAGUUCGACAAUGCUGAGCAAAAAGGCGAUGGCAGUUUUAGCACGAGCGGCAUCAAAACCUCAUUCUACAUCUUCUGUGCUGGUGCAGGAAUGGCUGUACUGAGUGUGGUUGUGGCCUUAAUCGGUUUGUUUGUCCAAAGUGGCCUACUACUGAUCGUUGGUGCCUUCCUCAACUUCCUUGCCGCUGGAGGUGUUGGCACAUCUUUUGGGUGGUUUUUGAAUACUUUUAUUGAUCCUCAGAAGUUGACUGACAAGCUUAUUACAAGUAAGAAUUCUUUUUGAGUUUUUUUUGCUUGUUUUUAAGCUUUAAAAUGCGGUUUUUUUGUUAAAUUCGGGCAUGUUCGAUCGUAUAACAUGACUCCGCAGCCUGCAGAAUAAGUUUUGUUAGAAAAAAUGGGUGUUUUAGAAUAGUGGUGUGAUGUAUGGGUCUCUAUUAACUUUCUUGCAAAAUUUUAAAAAAUUUGGAAAUAAGGUACAUGUAUUAUCGUAUAACAUGUCUCCGCAGCCUGCAGAAGGGCUUUUUUUAAAAAAGCACGGGCGUUUUGGCCAAAAGUAGGUUUAUAUAAUAAUAAUAUAACUAAAAUUAAAUUUUUUUUUAUUGAAAGUUUUAUGUUAACUUUUUUUUUUUUAAUUUCAGAUGCCAGCCAUGUGAAAGAGCAAAUGGACUCUGGAAACUUCUUUGGAACUAGCUUCUUUGCCACCGCUGGAGCUGCUGGACUGCUAAUUGUAGCCGCUAUUUUCAAUAUUAUUGCUAAUUUGGCCACACCAUCAGCCGAGCCACGCCGUAGAUAA